UGUGUGUGUGUGUGUGUGUGUGUGUGUGUGUGUGUGUGUGUCAUGCAGAAGCCCGGCUGUGACUCCAUCUUUGGCUCAAAGCAGCAGGAGGACGCUUGCAUGGUGUGCGGAGGACUAAACACCACCUGCCUGCACCACAAGAGCGUGUACCAGAGCAACGGUCUGGAGGCAGGCGGACCUUUUGGAUACAACGAAGUGGCCAUGAUACCAGCUGGAGCCACCCACAUCCGAGUCACCGAUAACAGCAGGAACUAUCUAGCCCUCCAGAACGGUCGCUCACAGUUUGUGAUCAACGGUAAUUGGAAGAUCAACAUUCCAGGCGAGUACAAUGUUGCCGGGACGAAGCUGCUGUACCGGCGCUCGGCAGACACCUGGGAGAGCUUCGAGGUUCCAGGACCGACCAAGGAAGACCUCCAUUUAAUGGUGCUGGCAACAGACAGGAACCCAGGCAUCGAGUAUGAGUACUGGCUGCCACCAGGCCAAUACGCCCUCCACCAUGGGAGGAGUCCACUGCGUCAAGCUCACCACACUGCCAACUACCUUCCCUGGGAUCAACCCACCACUACCACCACUACCACCACCACCACCACCACCACCAGGCCUCCCCCCGUCACCACCCGACCCCAUUGGUUUUUAAGGCCUGUGAAGCCGCCCCACCAAUCUCCACACCACAACCGCCGCCAGCCCCCUCACCAGCCCAUCCUGCCCCGUCUGGAGCGGGAGGAGAACCACAGAAACCUCCUGCCUCAGCCUCCACCUGGAAGGCAUUGUGGGAAAUGUCGGCGGGUUAAAGGUCGAAGGGAACGCCAGAGACAGUAUUGCCAGAAGGACUUUGUUUUCCGGGGCCGAGUCCUCGGGAAGCUGUACAGAGGCGAGGAGACGCGCUACGACGUCCAGAUCAUCCACACCUACCGAAACGGCUUCCGCCUGGAGCACCGAGAGUUCCUGUGGGUCCCAAAUGUGUGCGACUGCCCCCGCCUGGAGGAGGGGAAGCAGUAUAUACUGAUGGUCCGUCGCCACAUUAACUAUGAGCGCACGCUGAACCGCAUCCUGCUGGAUGAGGAGAGCUACGUGGUGCCGUACAGACCCAGAGAGGACGAACUGCUGCUGUCCCUCGAAAGACUCUGCAGCAACAGAGGACCCAAACAGCCUGCAGAACGGACGGGAUGAGUGAGUGAGUGUGUGUGAGCGUGUGUGUGUGUGUGCGUGAAGCUUUAUUCACUUCCAGCGUUUCAUUUCUGGACCUUCAAACGUCACUCCAGAUGUGAUCCGUAGUCGAUGGUCUGAUGAAUCCGAGUGGCAUCACUGGAGAAAAUUACCGUUUCAGCCUCAUUUGAAACUCGCCACAUUAAGAAACCAAAAGGACUCCACGUUUAUUUAAAAGCCAGCUUACUGUACCAUAUAGAGCACUUUAGGUGGAUGCUUGUGCCCACCUUUAAACACGUACCAAAGAGAAGAACAUUGACUGAAAUGGCCUUUUUGUGUUUUUCCACAGCUAUCAUUUCAUUUUUGUUUUUAUAUUAUUGUAUUUUUGUGUUUAGACUUAAAGGAAAAGUCCACCCAAAAACACGCAGACUAAGAACGACUUCAUUCCUAUAAAACAUCAUUUUGACUUUGUCUCCUGCUUAUUUCUGGGGAAACAUAGACUCACCCAGAUACUAAAGCACAUGGUCGUCUUUCUAGAGCCGCCAUGAUGAAGCUGAUGGUCAUAACUUAAACCUAAAGUAUCUUUAAAUUAUGUCUGAGACUCCAGUGUUUCUAUGUUGAGCAACAUUCGACGUGUCUCCAUUCUAGUGUCGAGCUUAUUUUACUUUUGAAAUGUCGCAAUAAAGAAAUGCAAAUGAGGCACAUUUCCAUCAACUAGUUUGGAGCGAAUAAACUCGGCUACAGCGUAGUUUGGUGAGAAGUUGGCGCUGGAGGCUACUCAUGGAUGUAAUCCGCCAGUAAACAGAGUCACGAUGCAAACACGCCUGAUUUGCUUCUUUCUCUUAAUA